CCGCGAUCCUGAGCGUAUGCCCCUGGAAAAGCUAGGGAUGAGCACCUCCCUGAACUACAAGUCCUUCUCCAAAGAGCAGCAGACCAUGGACAACCUGGAGAAGCAGCUGAUCUGCCCCAUCUGCCUGGAGAUGUUCACCAAGCCCGUGGUCAUCCUGCCCUGCCAGCACAACCUCUGUCGGAAAUGUGCCAGCGACAUUUUCCAGGCCUCCAACCCCUACCUGCCGACCAGAGGAGGUACAACCAUGGCGUCGGGAGGCCGCUUCCGCUGUCCGUCCUGCAGGCACGAAGUGGUCCUCGACCGGCACGGCGUCUACGGGCUGCAGAGGAACCUGCUGGUGGAGAACAUCAUCGACAUCUACAAGCAGGAGUCCACAAGACCCGAAAGGAAGUGUGACCAGCCAAUGUGCGAAGAGCAUGAAGAGGAGAGGAUUAACAUCUAUUGUUUGAACUGUGAAAUGCCAACCUGCUCCUUGUGCAAAGUCUUUGGUGCCCACAAAGACUGUCAAGUUGCUCCUCUCACAAACGUUUACCAGCGACAGAAGUCCGAGCUGAGCGACGGCAUCGCAGUCCUGGUGGGGAGCAACGACAGAGUGCAAGGAAUAGUCACGCAGCUGGAGGAGACCUGCAAGACUGUUGAGGAAUGCUGCAGACGACAGAAAGAGCAGCUGUGUGAAAAAUUUGAUUAUCUCUAUUCUGUGCUGGAAGAAAGAAAAAAUGAGAUGACACAAAUAAUCACUAGAACCCAAGAGGAGAAACUGGAACACGUCCGCUCCCUGAUGAAGAAGUAUGCAGAUCAUUUGGAAGCUGUGUCAAAGCUCGUUGAAUCCGGAAUCCAGUUCAUGGAAGAACCAGAAAUGGCCGUGUUUCUGCAGAAUGCCAAAACAUUGCUACAAAAAAUUACUGAAGCAUCUAAAGGAUUUCAAAUGGAAAAAAUAGAGGAUGGGUAUGAAAAUAUGAACCAAUUCACAGUGAACCUCAGUAGAGAAGAAAAGAUAAUACGAGAAAUUGAUUUUGACAGAGAAGAGGAGGGAGAAGAGGAAGAGGAGGAGACGGUGGAUGGUGAAGAUCUGGAUGAAGUCCACACGGAGUCAUCAGCAGAGGAGGAGGAGGAAGAGGUGGAGGAGGAAGGGGCUGAGAAAGCAUCACAGCCACCUCAGCAGGACCCUGAACCACAGAGCACAGCAGGAGAGACCCUGGGCAAGCCCACCCCAGCUCCACUGCCCACCACCCCGGCUGGCCAGGAUGAGGUUGUGACACCAAGUGGUUCUCAACAGACCCCAGACUCUGACACUCAAGUGCCGGCCACAGCAGAAACCAUCGAUCCCUUGUUUUACCCUAGCUGGUAUAAGGCUCAGUCGCGGCAAUCAAGCAGUCCGAGCUCAACCCCGGUGAGUGGGCUGGGGAAAGUAGGGCCUCCUGUUUCUCUGGAAACAAGUGCAAAGAAGGCAGAAGCCCCCACAGCAGCAGCAGCAGCAGCGAUUGAGGAGAGUGCACCGGGGGGUGGUAAGGAAAGUAAUGCCACUGCAGCGACGUCCAAGACUGGUUCUGAACCGUCCCCUCAAGGACAAGUGGAGGAAACUCCUGUGAGCAACGAGAGGGGUGAUGAGCCGGCUCGUCAUGUCUUCUCCUUCUCCUGGUUGAACUCUCUGAACGAAUGA